AUAAAAGCUCCCGCGCGCUCCAGUAGCGCAGUCCGCGCCGCGCGCCUCUGCGCUUCUGCCGCACGUUCUCCGCCCUCCUUUGGCCCGCUAUGGCUCCCGGCACCGCCCGUCCCGCGCUGCCAGUGCUCCUGGCCCUGAUCGGAGCUCUGCUCCCAGGACUUGGAGGUGCGCAAACAUCAGCGCACCCCCCAGAAGCCAUCAUACCCCGAGGAGGCUCUGUCCAGGUGAACUGCAGUACUUCCUGUGACCAGCCCCCCACCUUGGGCCUGGAGACUCAGUUGAGUAAGAAGGAAGUGGCCCAUGGGGACCACUGGAAGAUCUUUGAACUGAGUGACGUGCAAGAAGAUAGCCAUCCAAUAUGUUUUGCAAACUGUCACGCACAGACGACGGCUGCAAUGACCCUCACCGUGUAUUGGUUCCCGGAGCAAGUGGAGCUGUUACCCCUACCCCGCUGGCAGCCCGUGGGCGAAAACUUCACUCUGCGCUGCCAGGUGGCAGGCGGGGCGCCCCGGACCAGCCUCACGGUGGUGCUGCUCCGCGGGGAGGAGGAGCUGAGCCGAAAGCCGGCCUUCGGGGAGCCCGCCGAGAUCACGGCCACGGUGCUGGCGGGCAGAGACGAUCACCUCGCCAAUUUCUCCUGUCGCACGGAACUGGACCUGAGGCCCCGAGGGCUGGGAUUGUUCCAGAACAGCUCGGCCCCCAGGCAGCUCCGAACCUUUGUCCUGCCAGAGACCCAGCCACGCCUUGCUACCCCCGAGAUUGUGGAAGUGGGCACACAGUGGACUGUGAACUGCUCUCUGGAUGGGCUGUUCCCAGCUGCGGAGGCCGAAGUCCACCUGACACUGGCAGAACAGAAACUGCACUCUACACCCCUGUACGGCAAGGACUCCGUCUUGGCCACAGCCAUUGUCAAGGCGAACGCAGAAGAGGAGGGCACCCAGCAGCUGGCGUGUGUGGUGACACUGGGAGGCCAAGACAGGAAGCGGAAGGAUAAUGUGAUCCUGUACAGCUUCCCCGCACCCAACCUGACCCUAAGUGAGCCAGAGGUCUCAGAAGGGACUGUGGUGACUGUGGAUUGUGAGGCCCAGGCUGGAGUCGUGGUGUCACUGAGCGGGCUCCCAUCGGGGACUCCAGCACCCAGGGCACAAUUCCAACUAAAUGCCAGCGCUGCAGACCACAGACGAAGCUUCUCCUGCUCUGCUGCCCUGCUCGUGGCUGGACACCUGCUGCACAAGAACCAGACCCGGGAGCUCCACGUCCUGUAUGGUCCCCGACUAGACCAGACGGAUUGUCCAGGAAACUGGACAUGGGAGGAAGGCUCCCAGCAGACCCUGAGGUGCCAAGCUUGGGGGAACCCGGUUCCUGAGCUGAAAUGUCACCGGAAGGGGGAUGAUGCUUUGCUACCCAUCGGGGACCUGAGGCCUGUCAAGCGGGAGGUUGCAGGCACUUACCUGUGUCAGGCCCGGAGCCCCCGUGGUGUGGUCACCCGCGAAGUGGUUGUGAACGUGACCUACUACCAGAGCAACAUGCUCAUCAUCAUUCUGGUGGCAGUUGCUGGCAUCCUAGGAACUGUGAGCACAGCCGCUUACCUCUAUAACCGCCAGCGGAAGAUCCAGAAAUACAAACUACAGAAGGCCCAGGAGGCAGCUGCCAUGAAGCUGAACACACCGGCCACGCCCCCCUGAACGGGGGCCAGGACCCCACCUCCUCCUCAGCCCCCCACACGGUGGCAGCGGUGCCACGUUGAACAAGGGUGGUCGUAGAGAGCCAUGCAGCUCUGCCCACCUUCCCAGGAUGCCUGAGGACAGGAUAGAGGCCUCAGGAUACAGACAGCACUUGGGGUCCUGGCACCUCCACACUUAGGAUCCCCAGGCCUCCUACCUACCUGACCUGGAGCCACAGGACUGAGCCACAAGGAGGGGGCAGGACUUGGGGCAUGACUGUGAGGGAUCUCAAAGCCUGACCUGUCUGGGGCGGGGUGUGGCGGGACACUCAACAUGGGACGCCCAACUGGGAAACAGUGAAACUCACCCCUGCUGCGUGUGCUGAGGCCCUCCAGUCCUAAGAGAGAAGUAGCCUGCACAGACACAAACCCCACAGAAACACAUACCCCCAUACUUCCUCUGACAGAUGCCAGCUCCAGCCCUGCUGGCCCCAGGCUGUCCCAAAAUUUUGAUGGUGACAUAUUUAUUUGUUCUUUUACCAGCUAUUUAUUGGGCGCCUUUUAUGUGGGCUAGAAUGGUAAAGAAGAGGAACAUGAGUCCCUGUCCUCAGGGAGCUCUCAGUCUAACCUCAUUCAGGGUUGCCAGGUACAGUCGUACUAGCUGUGCACUGCACAGGAGUACCUGGCAGAAGAGAUCAAGUGGGGCUGGAAUUUCCCAUUCCAUUGGCUAAGCUGCUUUCCUCCAGAAGGGGACUGGCAAUGGUGAUAUGGUUUAGUUGGUGACAUGCCCAGGGACAACCCACUGAGCCCUGACUCCUCCCCCAUCACCGACACUGACCUGUUAGCCCCCUCUCUGCCCAUAUGCAUCUCAGUGCUCACAAUGACACCCUGGCAGCUAAACCACGGAGUGCCAGGAAACUAUCCCCAACCCGUGUGUCCACCUUGUCCUGUUUCCAUCUCAGUGGGCCCAUGCAAGAACAGAGCACUCUGGCAGCCCCAGGUUCCUAAAGAGAUGAGGGGUACAGGCAGUAGGGAGGAGAGGCCUGGGAAGAUCUACUCCCAGCUCUGGAAGCCUCUCUCGUGCUAAUAAAGCUUUUUCAUAUGCGCCUGAGUUGAAGGGAGGUGACCCAUCCAGUUGGAACCCUUUCCAGCCCUGUCCUCCCACUUCCUCCCCCAGGAAAAGGCUGCCGGUUCAAGGCCCAUCCCUGAGGCUCUAAUCCAAAUCUGGGGCUUGUUAGGACCUUUUGAGACUCAAGCGAAAAUUAAAGAUUCUUCUCCA